AGGCCGCGCCCCGCCCCUCGCCGCCGCCGCUCCCGGGGAGGCUGCGCUCGAGCUGCGGCGCCGGCUGCAGCCGCCUGGGCCCCGGGCCCGGCUCCUCCCGCGCCGCCCGGGCGAUGAGAAGCUGCUUCUGCGUGAGACGGAGCCGGGACCCGCCGCCGCCGCAGCCGCCGCCGCCCCAGCGGGGAACAGACCAAGCCACCAUGCCCGAAGUCAAGGAGCUUUCAGAAGCCUUGCCAGAGACACCGAUGGACCCCAUCACGGGAGUCGGGGUGGUGGCUUCCCGGAACCGAGCCCCGACAGGCUACGAUGUGGUUGCACAGACAGCAGAUGGCGUGGAUGCUGAUCUCUGGAAGGACGGCUUAUUCAAGUCCAAGGUUACCAGAUACCUGUGUUUCACAAGAUCAUUUUCUAAAGAAAAUAGUCAUUUGGGGAAUGUGCUGGUGGACAUGAAGCUCAUCGAUGUCAAGGACACACUGCCUGUGGGCUUCAUCCCCAUUCAGGAGACCGUGGAUACACAGGAGGUGGUCUUUAGGAAGAAGCGGCUCUGCAUUAAGUUUAUUCCCCGGGAUUCAACUGAAGCUGCCAUUUGUGACAUUCGCAUCAUGGGCCGGACCAAGCAGGCACCUCCCCAGUACACGUUUAUUGGGGAACUGAACAGCAUGGGCAUCUGGUACCGAAUGGGCAGAGUGCCAAGAAACCAUGACUCGCCUCAGCCCACCACACCCUCCCAGUCAUCAGCCGCUUCUACCCCAGCCCCAAACCUUCCCAGGCACAUCUCCCUAACACUGCCGGCCACCUUCCGAGGCAGAAACAACACCAGCACAGACUAUGAGUACCAGCUCUCCAAUCUGUAUGCCAUAUCAGCAAUGGAUGGUGUGCCUUUUAUGAUUUCAGAGAAGUUUUCCUGCAUUCCAGAAAGUAUGCAGCCCUUUGAUCUCUUGGGAAUCACCAUCAAGUCUCUGGCGGAAAUUGAAAAGGAGUAUGAAUACAGUUUCCGCACCGAGCAGAGCGCAGCAGCUCGGCUCCCACCCAGCCCUACCCGGUGCCAGCAGAUCCCCCAAUCCUGAAGAGCCCACAGCCUCCUGGGGGAGAAGACGUCUCCGACCCAGUGCCCAGACUACUGAUAGGGUGGCUGGGGUGAGAGCCACUCCCUCCCUCACCUGCCCGUUCUGCUUGCCCUGCUCACUGGCCACGAGACUCUGGGCAGCUGCUUGGUCAUAUAUGGUCAUCAGCUCGCCUGCCGAGACUACCCUGCCUCCCCGGGACCGUUGUUCAUAAUUGUGACUAAUGUAUGUGCUGUUAGUGACCAGAGGCUCCUGUGUGAUGACCACUUACCCCACCAAGAAAGAAAACUCCUUCCUUACCUGGAGUCACCCAUGAGGGCCCAGGCACAUAUUCCAGCCGCCCAGUGACACCCACUGGCUCCCCUCAACUGACCAUCACCUAUCAUGGAAAUCCCACAAAGCCACUAGCUCCCUCCUGGGAGACCCCAGGGUUGGUUGCUUCACUUAGGAUCCUGCAAGAUACACUGAUGGCCUCUGACCCAGCUACCUGGGGACAAGCGCCACUCGUCAGCAGGCUCCAGUAGCCCACGUGCUCAUUUCAUGACGGCACUGAGCAGCAGGACUAAGAUGCACUUGAGACAACUGUGGACUUUCCCCCAUCCCACACACUGGACAUCCAGAGAGCAGACAGGACCCGCUUUCUAUGGAGGUGACUGGGUGCCAACCUGGAUGGAAACUUGGCUGCUAGGAUACUGUGCCCAGCCACAGGUGCCAAUCCCCUCAAAGGGCUCAUCUGUGGAGUGUCCGACAACAGAUGACAGCUCCAUAGGCCUCUGCCUGGUGCCCUGACCUGGUGGCAGCUGGCACAGAGCAUGCUCUGAGAAGAAUGGUACAGAGGCACCAACUCGUCACAGCCAGACCCACCCCGCCAUCUAGAAGACACCUUCCACCAGGGAGCUGCUGUUUUGAAAAGCCCUUCUGUCCCAGGCCUCAGAAUUUGGGCCAGGACAUUUCACAGGUGUCAACCUGAGGUGCCAAGUUGAACCCGCCAUGUGUCGCCAUGAGAACAGUAGUCACCACCGUCCCAGCUCUCAGCCUCACCACCAUGCGCUGCUCUGCCACUGUUGGCUUUUAGGGCUUGAAUGACACUGGUCCCCAGAGCAUCAGUGGAUGUGAAGAUCUGCCCGGUGGUCAGAGGCCAUGGGCAACUACUCACCAGCUGGAACAAACCUCUUCAGUUACAGCUCUGUAGAGACAGCUGGGUGUCCAAGGUGCAAAAGGAUCAGAAGCAAGAACAAGCCAACAAGAUGGCGUGAGCUGGGGCAGGGCCAAAAAUACCUCAGCAGCCCACGCCAGCCCUUCCUCUAUUCCAGCCCCUCAGGCCUUUGUAGACCACCAUUCCUUCCCAGUCAGCCAGUCUCUCUGCUUGAUGGUACUUCAUUUCUAUGUGUCAGGAAGGGUCACCUUGCUUCCUCCCCUCAGAUGUGAGCACACCCUAUGGGGUACCCAUCAGCCCCUUGCCUCUGGGCCCAACAUCCUCCGGGUAGCAGAAGUCGUGAAGAGGUGGUACACCAGAGGUCCAUGGAGUCGACUCUAGCAAAACCUAGUGCCACGCUGGUGCUCAGAGGAGCUAAUAAACUGACCCCAGACUGCUCCACAAGCUGGGGUCCCAAGGACCUGUGUCUGCUGCUGCCGGUGUGACAUCAAGUGGCUUGUGUGGCCUGAGGCCCAACAGAGGGGGCGACCACCGUUGUCUGAGUUAACUGGGAAGGUCAGGCACAAAGUUCUAGACUCUCCUGACCACUUCAAUGAAGUCUGUACACUUUGGCCACUCUUUCCAUCCCUCGGUUAUGAAAUCACCUCUGUCACAGGAAGCCAGGUGGCUCUCCUCGUCCUUGGAGGAGAAUGUGGCUUCUCGGAAGCUCGCACGGGUCCUGGAAGUGCAAUUCUGAAGACUGCAGGCCUGUUAGUGAUCCGGACGGACGGCCAAGUGAAGGGAUCCCUGGAUAAAGGCUUUGCAGCCCACCCGUGCACUCCCACAGGACUCAACCCCUGGGGGAAGGGUAAAGCGCGUGCUCUGAGCUGGAGCAGUCUCCGGACAGAUGGACGGACGCUACAGACUUAGUUGAAGAAGAACCCUGACUGAGAAUGUUGUAGCACCGACAGCUUCUAGCUUUUCAGGUGUUGAGGACGACUUGGUGUCUGUGGUAGGUCCAGGUUGCACCCAACCCCUGGUUUCUUGUCUUCUGGUGAUGGUAAUGGUCAUGUGUGCAUACCCAUGCCCGCCUUGUGUGGACCCGGCGGUAGAGCUAUGGCUCACAGCAGCACUGAGUGGCCUUUGGGUACCGUGUGGCAGGCACACUGUCAGAUGAGCACAAGGAUUCGCUGGGAGAUGUGAAGAGCCGUACCUCUCCCAUGGGUCUCCCCCUCCCCUACCAGCAUGUCCCACAACUGCUGCUGACCCUACAAGCACACACCUCUCUCUUGAAAUGGCUAACCAGAGCACAGUUCCCUACCCCACCAUCCCCACCCUGAAAAGUUGGUUCCUUCCUACGGUCUUGGAAAUGGCACAUGGGUGGCAAGUGGGGAUGGGGUGGGGGAGGGAUGUUCCAGGUUCACCUGCAGAUUUAUCGUAAGAUCAAAUCGAAGAAUUUCUGUCAGCCUAACUCUGCCACAGGGAGAGGCGAGAGCCCUGCUCUCCUCGGGGGAAGCAGGAGAGAGAACCAUGACUCUUCUUCCUGGUGGUGAGCAGCAGAUGGCCACCUGUGGCCAGGGUCAGGCUGAAGGCCCUCAGUCAGAAGGACGUCCAGCAGGGGACUGGGGUCCUGAGUGCACACACACACCCUUCCACAGGGCUUGGCCAUCUUAAGCACAUUUCCUGUCAUCCCCCCCCCAAACAAGCCCAGCAGUGGGUGCUUUUGCCCUGUCCCAUGAGGAAGGCUUUCCAGUGACACAGACAGAAAAUGCCCCCAAAGCCCCUGGGCCAACCACCCAGCCUUUGUGUCCAUCCCCGUGGGCUUUCUUCAGCCGUGGAGAUGCCAUCAUGCCGUGGCAGUGGUCCCUGGCAUGGGUCAGGUGAGAGCCUCACUGUCCUGUGUGCCUGCCCACACCCGAGGGCUCCCCAGCCUCAGAGCGUCUCCGGCCGCACUUGUGGCCUCCUGGCCAGGGAGGAGGUAGAAAGGGCCUUGGUGUGGCGCUGGGCCAUGAAGGGCUCAACUCACGGAAGUGGUUAGUGUCCACCAAGCCCCGGAGCCUGAUGCAGAGGCGGGGCUCCCUCAGGUGACCCCGGGUGCCCCAGCCUUCUCCACCUGAGCCCCUGAGCAACUGCAGCACCUGCAGCAGGAAACCAGGCUUUGUUCCCCUUCAAAAGCUUGAGAGCCACUGGGCCACCGUGUGGCGCUGGGACAAGGACCUUAGGCACAGCUGCCUUCCUGUGUAUUUAUUCAAGGUGACUGCUUGGCAAAGAGAGGUCUCAAUGUGUGACUGUAUCUUAAUAUAAUUUGUUAAAUAAAUGUUUGUUUUCACCUCGUUUC